UGCCUGGAUAUCUUUCGAGUCGCUCGAAAGCAUUUUUCUUUGCGUAGCGCUGAGACGCCUUGUAUCCCAUUGUUCUGUUAGGGUUAUCAGAGACUUUUUGCAGAAAUUGGUGGAAGAAAAAAAAACCAGAUUUGCUUUUUGUGUAUUUGGUUUUAGAAACAACUUAAUAAUAUCACUGUUGUACGAAUGCUACGCGUUUGGGAAGUUUCGCGAAUUCGAGUGCACGUUUUCUGUGAAAACACUGUUGCAAGUGUGAAGUGAAAAGUCUACAGUUCAAGAAACAGCUCGGUUUAAUCUUUGUGCAAAUAUGAGUGAAGUUUUGUGUAGCGUAAUUACCUAGAAACAAAGUUCAGACGUAGGAUAUAAAUUAAAAGGUAGCUCGAACAAGUUUUUGGAAGUUCUUUUGUUUCGUACGGGAAAAGACAGAAGAAGUCCGUCAAGAGCUGACGAGAGUACCCGGGUCUGCGAGAUUUUGUCAAGAGGGGAAAAAAAGGAAGAAGAGCACAUCGUGAAUUCUGUGUACAAGCCUUGUGAAGCAUAAGCAACAAGUUUCUCAUAUAGAGAGGUGUAUAUUUAUUGAUCAAUUAUCUCUGCCUGCCUUGGGUCUGGCUCUACGUGCGGACAGGCCAAUAUAGUCCCCGUUUCCUUCAGCACGCUAGCUAAAUCCAGGUGAUAUGCCUAUGGAAAUCUUUGUGGCCUGAUCGAGAACACAAGAGCAAUGAUACUUUUCUUGGCGUGGAUAGCUACUUGUGUGAGAGAAAUAUUGUGCGAAGCGGAAUGGCAUUAUUCUUCGGAAGAAGCUGAAGCAUACAUCUAUAGCUCAUAGACUCUCUUUAGGAAAGCCACAAAUAAACCAGAGUGGUUGAGCUCCGCCGUCGGGAGGGAGGAAAUCACCAUCUCUCAAAAAUAUUAUACCACAUAAAACAAGGGGUAAUGGGAAAAAUCCUCUACGUGGAGAAACAUAGGUACUAAAGCUGCUCUUAAUUGCUUUGUGGUGCUGAAAAGCGAGCAAAACCAACUGGCCAAUCCUGCCUGCUGACACAAGAGUGAAGCAGCAUCUUCUUACACACAAACGAUAUUCAACGCGAGGGAGAGAGGAUAGCAAGGCUGGAGGGAUGGCAAGUGGUCGAGCCCGGUUGCCACCAACUCCACAGGUCAACAAUGGAAGCAGCAGCAACGGAAGCGGAAGCAGCUCACGGCCACUAGCCGAAAUGCACACGAACAAUAAUACAUAUUCGUCGUCCCUCGGCGGAAGCGGCGGCGAUAAGACCGGUUCUAUACAGGAGAUGGCCACCUCCCAGAUGCUGGAGAAUCUAACCGACCAGGAACGUCAGAUCAUCCUGAAUGUGCUCAACCGGGACGAGAAUGUGCGCCAGGCGGAUGCGGCACGGAUCAUGCUCCUCCGGGCUGAGUUGUUCAAUUUGCGGAAGAAGGGCAACGUGAAAGCUCUGGUCGGUGGCUCCCUCGAUCGGCCAACGUAUAUCGAGUCGACCCGCUGCUGCUCGCGUUGUGGCAUCGAACUGGGCAGGAUCAUCAACCGGGGAGCACCGUGCCGGUCCUGUCGGCUGCGGGUGUGUAAGGGGUGUCGGGAAUUCUCAACUCGCACCACCGACUGGGUAUGCGUGGUGUGCCACAAGCAAAUUGAGCUGCAGGCCGCCAGUGAAGAUUGGAUGAGCGAUUACGCUGACAGCAGCGUUCGCCGAACCUCCGUCAUCGCCAACAAGGAUUACCUGCCCGCAUCUGACCUGAUCAAAAAGAGCAUCCGGCGCUCCUGGACUAUAUCAAAUGCAGAAGAUGACAAUCGUCAAACUGGAGCGUACGAAGAUCAGCAGCAAUACACACAUUUACCUCGUAAGCAAUCGCAGAGCAGUUAUCCGUCGUUGGUAAGAUACCCGUACAAAAGUCCCAGCACAAUGACUGACUACGCGCAGGAGGACGAGUUCGAUAACGAGCUGCACCCGCCGAUGGGGCGCCGAAUGCCAAGACAGUCCACACUACCGAAUCCGGAAGCCGGCAUGUACUACGGUAGCAAUAAUAAUCUCAUGCCCCCAUCGAUUUCGCCGAAACAGCUUAGUCCCAGCCCACAGUACAGUCCGUACCAUACGGACAACGAAAACGACGACGCCGAUCCGAUGCAAACUUCACCGGUGGCCGCCCGUUACAAAAUCCGCAGACAAUCAACACUACCUUGUAGGCCAAAUGAAAACCACGACAUUGGACUCAAACUGCUGUCCACAUCCCCGAACAGUAGGACAAACUUGUACAGUCGAUCCCCGGACAAAUCCGACACUGAUCCACCCCCGAGAUAUCCACCGUUUGUACGUCAGUCAACUUUUCCAUCCAACUCCAGUGAUCCAUUUUUCCUGCAAAUUCAGGCUCAUUCACAGCAAAUACCGCAACCGCCACAGUCCGGCCAACAGCGCCAUCUGCCCACCUCACCCAAUCGGAUGUUGUUCAACAAAUCUCCCGACAGUGGUGCGGAAUCUGCUGGCGACGGUGGAAGCUCGGGUAACUCGUCGAUACCCCGCCGUUUUCAGAUGACCAGGCAAGCCACACUACCUAAUCCCGAACAGCACGUGAAGCUGCUUCCUACCUCCCCUCCCAAAAAACAGCUCUCACCGCACAGUAUCAAACGCUCACCAGAGUUUGCACGCCAAAGCACACUCCCGGCACCAGACAGCAUGAAUUCGCUCUCGGUUCAUCAGCACGGGCCAAAAUUUAUGCCUAUCUCACCAAGACAAAAGCAAUCUUUCUUAUUUCCACAACCAGCACCUGCACCACGUCCCUUUCUUUCACAACAGCAUUUCCCAACGAUGGCCGAUGAGCUGUCGGUGACACCUCAGCAAAACCCAAGCACCCCAAGCGGUAGUGUUGGUGGCACCUGCAAUAUAGGUGGUCCACAUCACGCUUCCAAGAUGAUCAAAGUACGCAGCCACAGUAACGAAGAGUACAGUCUCAAUAGAGGAGGGCCCCUAGCGCACCAAAUUGUUGCCGGGGCACCGGGUGAGGGACGCAGGCUGCUGCCAGAGACGCCGAGCAAUCGCUCGCCAAGAUUGGUACGUCAAGAACACGUUAGAGAAGACUCAGUAAACUCAGACAAACGAUCUCCCAAACAGAAAACUUUUGCCGAAGCGAAACAAGCCAUGAUGGAGGACUACGACCUAACGAAUAACUCGAUCACGCAGCUCAACUUCAACGAAGACGAGGAAGCUAGCUAUUACAAUAACGAGGAAAACUACGACACCUACAACAUCGACCGACGGCUGCGCACGAGCGGAGUGCCCGCCAGCACGAUUAAGAGUGCCGAAAGCUUUCUCAACGACUCCAGCCCGGAGUACUUCUAUCCGGAAGAUUAUCUCAAACAGGGAAGCAACAAAAAGGAGACGCGACUGCGUCGCAGAAAGUCACGGGAUCUACCGGUGGAACCCGAACCGGUGGCCUCGUCGAACGAGGACGAACCAAUCAAACGCAAGCCCGAAACGAUGCGUUCCAUCUCGGAGGAAUCGCCGGGAAAUAAAUCGAUCAAACCCACGCCCCGACGGUCGCUGUCCCAUCCCGAGAAGGACUCGCAGCAAAUGCAGAACGCCCGCAAGUCGGAAAUUACGAAAAUCCCUUCGCCACGACCACUGGUGGAAAUUCUUGAGCGUGCCCAGAAGUCAAUCAAACUGCCAUCGCCCCGUCGCAAAGCCUUCAAAUCGAUGGACCAGGCGUGCGAAUCCGAAGCGCCCACACCUUCCCAAAUGAUGCAGCAGCAGCAGCAGCAACAACAGCAGCAGCAGACAGGGCAAGCCGCGACGUCGGCCGCUACCAACGCCACAUCUGGGAGCGGCGGAAGCACGGGAGCAAUUGCACGGACUGGCCCGCGAAAGAUUUCCGCCUUCCAGCAGAUUCUCCAAAAUCAACGACUGCAAAAGCGUGACUCCAAGAGUUUGGACAUCGUGGCCUCGAAGCUGAUGGAGGAGAAGUACGGUGGCUAUGCGGAGGCCGACGAGGACAAAUCCAAAUCACUGGAUGAUGGCAUCUUUUGCGGGGACAAGAACAGCGACGACAACAGCAGUGACGAACAUAUCAACCUGAUUGAUAGGAAGCACAAGACGCAUCUGGGCGAGCAGGAGAUUCAAAACGCCGUGGAAGCUGCUGCGGUUUUGUUCAAGAAGGUGGUACUCCAACGGCGCGAAGAGAAGCGUACCAAAGACGAAGGUGACUAUUGUGUCAGUCCACGCUACCAUCAUCCGCUGCCACUGCUGUAUCAGAAUAGCCCAGGGGCAACUCGAAAACAACUGCCAUAUGAUGAUCCAACGGCUGGUUCAUCAUCCUCCGAACCGGACAAUAGCAGCAACCUUGGCAAGUUGCCUUUCGCCGAUUGUGACGACUACCGGCUGGUGUUCAUUAGUUCAGAUUCAUCCAGCAAAGAGGAGGAAUGUGACAGCAGCUCGACAACAUCUUCCGCCUAUACAAGGCACAGCAUUGCCCUGGAUGAGUGUGACUGGGAUUACUUCGAGCCGGGAAUAAGCACAACCACGAAAACGCUGCUAUACGAUAUCACAACGAAUACUCCACCGCACCACAAUCGCACUCCCCGGAAAAGGUCCCUUCUUCAGUCAUCUCCUCUCACCUCGCCAAUGCUGUACCGAAGACAGCGCAGCGGCUCCUACUCAACCAAUCCGACUGCCUACGACACCGGGACAGAUGACGAAUUCUUAACCCACACCGAGUCUUCAUCCUCACCUACAAGAAGUGAAGGAUUUCUGGAGAACUUUGAAGAGUAUCGUAAUUUGGAGCGAUUUAAAGUUGGCACCUGCAAAUGCGACUGUGGGUUCAAAACACACUUUGUACCGAUUCCGGUUCCUGUUCCAAUUCCGGUGCCUGUUGCCACAUUCCAAAACUGGUCCCAGAAGCAAAGCCACGACCAGUUGAUGGACAGCAUGCUGAAGGAACAGUCCCAAACCGAACUCAUCAAACAGCUCUGGCGGAAUUGUACCGGCGGUGAGGGAGCCCUCUUCGAAUUCAAGCCCACCAAUAACGGGAACUGCAUGCAUUCGUCUUCAUGCUGCCAGCAUCAGCAAAAGGGAACUGAAAAACCUAAAAUUACCACCACCGCUUGCCAGCAGGAAAUAGACUCCAAGAAGGGUUCUGAGGCGGCGGCGGCGGCGGAACAAUCGUCACUUAAUCACGAUGGGGAAUCUUUCGAGCGAAAUGAAACCUACGAAAGUGGUGGCGGCAGCGAUAGGGCUAAAAAAAUACAACACGGUAAUGGAAAUAGUAAUAAUACCAUCGGUGAUGCGAGUAGUUGUGCUAGUGGUGCUCUUAAUAACGAAAAGUUGUUUCAAUCGUCACUUAAUCACGAUGGGGAAUCUUUCGAGCGAAAUGAAACCUACGAAAGUGGUGGCGGCAGCGAUAGGGCUAAAAAAAUACAACACGGUAAUGGAAAUAGUAAUAAUACCAUCGGUGAUGCGAGUAGUUGUGCUAGUGGUGCUCUUAAUAACGAAAAGUUGUUUCGCAACGAUUCCUCUGGCAGCAGCAGCAGCAACGGUACGAGUAAAAGUGAAGCUGAUCCAUUGGCUAGUACUAAACUGGCCGUUGCUGUCAGCGCUGGUCUUCACCAUCGUGCUCCAGUCCCACCACCAUCUGGUAGCGAUUUAGUCGUACAACAAGGGGGAAAAGAUAAAGAAUUACCAACAGCCACGAUUGGGACGAGCGGAGGCCAUCACACCAAGGCAUCACAACAGGGACAGAAUAAUUUUAGCGACAACAGCAGCAGUAGUGGCGAAGAGAACUCAUGUGAAAAGCCUAAAAUUAACAAAAGAAUCCCUAUAGUGCACCAUCGCCGCAGUCACGAAGCCAUUAAAAGUGAACAACCACUUGUGAGCGUGCAAGUGCAAAAACCUGUACCGAAACAGCGUGGUGUGAGUGAAUCAGUGGUAAUAACUGUACAACAACGGUGCGAAAAAGAAAAACAACAACAACUGCAGCAAAAAAGUGAGCAAAACAACGAAAACGAAGAAGAGUUAGUGAACAACCGGACACAAUCGACGGACGAUGGAAGUAAUGUAACAGCGUUACCACUACCGUGUAAUACGUACAAUGACACCGUUAAUAGUGUAAAUUCAUGCAAUCACGAGCCGAUGAUAUUGGUGAGAGUGUCGUUGGAUGGUGGAAAAAGGGAAAACUAUGCUGCGGGAACAAAAAACACGACUGGCGACACGAAUCGCGAGCAAAACAUUGACAACGAGGUGACGUGUGGUGAUAGUACUUAUCAGUCUGCAGAUAGCGACAGCAUGAUAACUAUCGGAAAGGCGAAUGAUGCGGCGGAUUCACCUGCGGUCCCAGUAGCAGCAGCAUCACCACCAGUUGGGGAGGCUAGUGAUUUGAAGGGUUAUUUGUUGUCCGAGAGUUGUUUCAGUUCAUCGCAAUCAUCGUUGGCCAGUAGUGGCGAGGACUGUGAAACGAUCGACAGCAACAAACUGUCGCGAUCAGUGCAACGUAACUACGACGUUACGAGUGAUGAACCCGUUAAAGUGAAAGGUCUUGCAGUGAGUAGUGAAAAUACGGAUUCGUCCACGUCGUACAGUUCUUCAGAGGAUACCGACACGGACGACACCGGAACCAUUGCCGACCGUAGACCCAAAUCGAAGAAAUUUUGUCAAGUGAUGGUGGUGAACACAGAUUCCGACAUUGAAUCAAGUGACUCCGAUGUGUUCAGCAGUACUUCAUCCAACUAUUUACCGCUUAGCGAUUUAAACGUUCCCUCGAAAUCGCCCAGCCAUAUCGAGGAUAGUGAUAUCAUCUUGAAGCGCAUUCGGCUGGUUACCACCCCAGAGAAUGACGAAAAACAAAGUGAAAGUGAAGAUUUCAAGGAUUGGAUUUCAGGUGAAGGCCAACUAGAACCACACCAGAACCCGGCGACGAACGCUGCAGCAGCACCAACAACAACAGCGUAUGUUGAUCAAAAAAUAAAGUCAGUAGGUUCAAGUACAAAUGAAUUUUCCGAAAACACUGCCACAAGUGCCACCACUAUCUCAGCCGAGAAUAAAUCUCCCACGCCAACAUGCAACGAAAGUUCCGAUAGUGUGUGUGAUCCCAACAUAGAGCGAGACAGCUUAUCCGAGGAAAACAUAAAAUCGUCCGUACAGGUAACAGACCACCACUGCCACUAUGAACAAGAGGAAACAGCGAUAUGCGAUAUGGACACCACUACCAUCGAGGACCACCGAACCGAAGGUGGCGAAGGUAAUAAUGCAAGUAAAAAUAAACACAAUGCUCCACUGUGUGAAGGUGAGCCGUGGCAAAGCACAGCAAAAGAAACACCGUCGCCACCACCACCAUCACCACGACCACCAGCAGCCCCGGUGGUGUCUACCGUGCGCGAUCACCUCGUAAACACGAAACUAGCCUCAGUAGUAAACGAACGAUCGUCCAUCGCGGAUGUAAAUAACUCACAUGUAGCAGCGACCAAUGCUGCUAGCAAUCGGUAUAAGAGUUUAGUUUUGAUUGGCCCGGACAGUGGCACGAUUUCAAUGGCAGCCGAAUCGUCAACGUCAACUGUGUCCACCGAGCAACAACCACAACAACAACAACACCAACAACAGCAACGGAACGAGGACUUUCCUCACGUGAGUAUCGUCACGAGUCGUACCACACGGAUCGUGAGCUGUAGUGACGAUGAUGAACAACAGCACCUCCUCCAGCCUCCUUCCACCUCGGUGACUGUGAAGCACACCAAUUGGAUUGCGAGGAGAAUGCACGAGGAGGAGGAGCACGAGACGGACGACUAUGGCGAUGACGCUGGGCUGCUAGUAGACGACGAACCCGAUGAUCGCUCACUCGAUCGAGGUCUGGCGGGUUACUUUAAUUUCUCGUUGGAGCAGGCGUCCCCCCAAACCAACAGACGACCCGUGAAAAUCACAACGAACGAAAGUGCAAUAAUAGGUAGUGUAGCGGACAGUAACGAAGAUGCGUGCGUUAUUAGUGAUUUGGUGGACAAAAAGAAAAAUGAGGAUCACGGUUUAGACACCGCGAUCACUGCUAGUGAAAGUGGUUCAAUAUGUAAAUCCAGCGCUACGACAACAACAGUGACCGAAUGUGAUGGCAGUGGAAGAAAUAGUGGAAGCAGCAGUGGUGGAAGUUUGAAUAACAGCAGCAAGGAUGAAGAUGUGACAGUGGUGACAGGUGCAAACACAUUGUCGGCGGUUAUUUGUUUAGAAGACGGAUUAGCGGAUGACGAUUCGUGGGUGGAGGAAGUGAGCCAGGAUGAUGAGGAGUUUGCGACAACGACAGCUACAGAGUCCGACAUUGAUGACUCGGGUGAAGAGCUUUCAUUGGGCGCCGAUCGAGAGGAGGAAUUGCGGGGCUACAAUCGGACGGCAAUCGAUUUCACACUUCACACAAUUGUGGAGGAGAGCUGUGAAGACAGCGAAGCAGAAUCCCAUCGCACGUCAGAAUCCAAACGGAGAAAUCGCAUAUCCGCCUCGGAGCUUGAGAAAUACUUUUUCUACGGGCUGGGAGAUGGUGCCGUGGGAUCUAUCUCGCAAAACAUUCGAGACGACAGUAUAUCCGAGAGCAGUUCGGUUUGCAGCGAGGGUCUGGACUCGCUCGGUGGACCAGAAGAAUCGACCGGCACAUCAACCGAAUCGGCUGAUCUGGCAUCGUCUCGGCUGGAGAAAUACUUCCUAACGGGAUUCAUGGGAUUCACUUCGGAGCGCAACGAAUCCGAUGGCAGUGGCAGUGUGGGCAGUGAUAGCGAAGGCCAUCCGAGUCCGGAGCAACGACGAAAACGGCUUGUCAGAGCAAGGGGUGCGGGCCGUUCACAAAGUUCCUCGCUCGAUAAUCUACUGGCGAAAGAUUCCGAACUCGAGCAGCAAUCAGGCGAUUGUGGACACGAGUGUCCCGAUUCGUCGGAAACGGACACCUGCGAUGAAUCCAUCAACCAGAUGGACAAAAACGAUAGCUUGUAUGACACGGCAAAGCGGAAGAAAAAAUUCUCCAAAAAGUCCGAGAGUGAUGAGUCGAAAAAGCACACGGAAAUGGCGCAGCUCUCGCUGCCGCACAAAUCCGACAAAGACAGUUCUGAGGAGGAGAAUCGCAAAACACCCCAACCGGAACUUCAGCUGCCACUCACGAAUCCAUUGUCGGAGAGCAAAAAGCAAAACAGCCGUGACAGUGGAUUUAUCGGAAGCAACGAUGACUUGCUGAAAGAUGGCGAAGCCGUCCGAUCUCCAGAGCUGAAACCAGAACUAGAGGAAAUACAGGAGGAAAACAAAAUUGAUCUCAAACCAGAAAACAGUUCCUACAAAACGCCUGCCAGCGGGGGUCCCCCGCCGCCCUCGAAUCUGGUACGAAAGGAUAGUUUUAACAAUUGGAGUUCUGACGAGGAGACCAAUCUAAUGAUGUCCAAAAUGAGACAAUUCUUCAAGACGCUCGUGGCUGCUUCAGCGAACAGUAGAGCAGCCUCUCGCAAUUCCACCCCAACGGUUAGCGAACCGAACACUCCGAAGCAUGGAACUCCGGUGCCAAAAAGCCGAAAUCGGAAUAAACCCCCGCAGCUGGUGUAUUUCGAGAAUGAGCUAACCAGGCUAAUGAAAACCGUCCCGGGGAUACGGGACGAACAGGUUAGGGAGAUUGUCGAAUAUUUGAGUAGUGAGGACACAUGGUCAGAUUCGUACGAUUCAUCCGAUUACACUAGUUCAGAUUUGGAGGGUGCAGUCUCCCAGAAAUCGGCCCUUCAGCAACAGAUUUCAGCUAGCUGUCAGCAGAUUAUCAAUAAGUUCGACACGCUGGAGAAGGACGAGGAAGGUGACAUGGGCGAUGGAGGCCUGAUUGAGGAACCCCACACUCUGAACAAGGAAACCGCCUUCGUGUAUCAGCGACUGGUGGCGUCGCUAACAAAAAUGACGAAAGACGAGGAAAAACCGGUUAACGCGACCACCAGUUCCCCGCCUCUGAUUGCCAAAGUGAUGCACCAUAUCGGAAGUCGGUUGGUGGCACUGAUGCAUGAAGUAAGCAGCGGAGAGUCCCAUGCAAGCACCUCGCCCAAAUCCACCAGUAUGCGAUAUCAACAGCGGAAGGGACAGCCAAACAUUUCGGCCACAACCACCGAAGAUGAUGACAGCGCUUCCGAAAGUAACAUGGAGAAGAAUGAGGAUUUGGGAUACAUGCUUCCUAGGAGUAAAAGCCACGAUUUGCUUUUGGGUGAUGCCAGAUCGCAUCACCAUAAUCAGUCUUCCGCAAGUGGUGAAAUUGUUGGAGAAGAAAAAGAAGCGAGCGAUUAUGAAAGAUUUUCCUGGCGGGGAAGCUUUGAGUCUGCCCUGCUGGCAAAUGGUGAUUCUCGCUCGAAGCUCUCAAUGUUGGAUAAUUCCUCCUCCUCGAUAUCGGUUCUGGCUGCCAAACGACGAUCGGCUGGCGAUCUUCUGUUCAAUAACCAGAAUCUUAGCCGGGAACAGUUGGAUCGUGUCCGAAGUUGUGGCAGUAUAGGUGGCGAACGAGAAGAUUUCGAGUCCUCUCCGUUGUGGGGAUCCUCACCGAGUCAAAAGGUCAGCCGUAGAAGAUCCAGUGUCGUAGACGAUACGGACUCGGACGAUUCUUCGCGUAACGACAAUCGUCUCGCUUCACGCUCCACAUUGCCCCGCAGUCUGCAGAAUGCAACGACCGCUGUGAACACCAAUUCUCUGCCUCGCCUCCCAACGUCGAACAUUCAAACCAUUAUGCAAUCGGCUCCGUCCACAUCCGCGUCAACGUCUUCCGUGAUGCAAAAAUCGCAAAGUGUCUAUCACUUCCUGCAGAACAACGUGAAAAGCGCUCGCUACCGUGCCCCAGGAUUCAACCAUAGGCCUCCGCCGACAAGCACACCGAAACGUGCCGUAUCGGCACCCGGUCUGCAGCAGCCUCUGUACCCACGUCGAGAACGACGCAGGGUUCAGAGCAAUCUUUGCGAGGAAGUCGGCACGCUAGAGACGGGCAGCUCGCCCCUGAUCGGUGACAAUGGAACCACUACGGGUGGCGGCAGCUAUCAGGAGCUGGCCGGCAGUAGUGGAAGUGGCGCGGCACCGGGCAGUGCCCGUCGCAGCAUAGCGACCAGUCCGAUUGGGUCGACCACGUCGGAACACUGGCCGUCACAGUCGGACGAGGACAUCGAUCGGCUGGUGGCGUUGCACCAGAAUCGAGCCUCGCUCAGCUCGCUAGGACUGCGAUCCGAUUCGAUGGCCUCGGUUUACUCGGGAGCGGGCGAGGGUCGCUACGGUACUGUUACGGUUCGCGGACAAAUCGAAUUCGGUAUGCAGUACAACUACAAGCAGGGCGCGCUGGAAAUUCACGUGAAACAGUGCAAGGAGCUGGCAGCGGUGGACGCCAAGCGGAAUCGUAGCGAUCCGUAUGUUAAGGUGUAUCUUCUACCAGACAAAUCGAAAAGCGGGAAACGAAAGACCAAAGUGAAGAAACACACUUUGAACCCGGUGUUCGACGAAGUGCUGAGAUUUCACAUGUCGCUUAGCGGUUUACAGACGAGGACUAUCUGGAUGACGGUUUGGCAUUCUGAUAUGUUCGGUAGGAACGAUUUCCUCGGUGAAGUGAUGAUGGGGCUACAGGAUAAAGUAUUUGACAAUCCUGCCCCACAGUGGUAUCAACUGCAGGAAAGAAGUGAACCCUUCGACGAUUUGUCCGCGUAUAGAGGCGAUAUCAUCAUCGGACUCAAAUACAUUCCGCCAGAAUCGGAUGGUGGCACCCCUCAGCACCAUCACAACGGCGGUGGCAGCAGUAGCGGAACUCUGAAUCUACGUAAGUUUAGCACUAAAUCAAUCACAUCAACUUCGUCCGGCUCGUCCGGCCAUAGUAAGGGCGCACUGCACGUACUGGUGAAGGAGGCAAAGAAUCUACAACCCGUUAAGGCUAAUGGAACCUGUGAUGCAUUUUGUAAGAGCUAUCUUCUUCCGGAUAAGAAUCGUAGCUCGAAACAGAAAACCCCAGUGGUGAAACGUUCCAAUUCACCCAUUUGGAACUACACGUUUAUUUACGAGGAUGUAUCCCUAGCGGAGUUAUCCGAGCGAGCCUUGGAACUUACGAUUUGGGAUCACGAUCGACUAGCGAGUAACGAAUUCCUCGGCGGAGUUCGAUUUUCCCUUGGAACAGCUCCCUUCACAGGCAAACAUGGCAGCAAGACGGUUGACUGGAUGGAUUCUACCGGCAAGGAGUUGUCCCUCUGGCAAAACAUGAUCAAUAGACCAAAUUUCUGGGUCGAAGGCGCACUCGUUCUUCGGUCCUCGCUGGACAACGCAAAAUUCACGUCAUAAUUUUGCGAAUCCCCCGUAGAACUAUAUUUUGGAGAAAUCGUGUAGUAGUCGAUUCUUCCAUACCAUAUUCUCCUGUCCUCCGAGUGAAAAAUACACUAAGAGAGAGGCAGAAAAAAAAUCAUUCCAAUUUGUGAUGUUGCUUUACAACAACAACCUAUUCAUAGAUAUAAUCCAAUAUUUUAAGGAGUAAGUGACGCGACACGACAUGAGAGAGAGCAAGGAACAUGUUUCGAUUACCUAACCUUAUGAACGACAAUGAUGCUUAAUGAUGAUCGGUGUUCAGAUAAGAAGUACUAUUGGAGGUAUACCUUUUUACGAUUGAGUAAGUUUUUAUAUCCUUUUAUUUUCUCGACACUAUAUCGUAAGAAAUGUUGGUCUUUGGAAGGGAAAACUAAUUUGUCGGUGACUAAAAAAAAAGGGAAACUCCUUUUGUGUGUAAAUAGGAUACGUAUACACUUUGCAGUCAAGUAUUAUUUAUGCAAGACGCAGACAAAAAACGCGUGAGAAAUUAUUCUGCUCCCUCCAUUUACUCUAGCGGAUGUUAAAAGAUUGUAUUUCCAACGUCAACUAAUGUUCAGCAUUUUUUCUAUCUCUAUAAUCAAUCAGAAAAUCAAAGUUGUGAACUCUUCCGAAUAUGUACAUAUUUAUACACACAUAAUCUUAACAACAAACAAACCACAAAAAAAACUGUUUCCUAAUGCUGUGAAUCUUUAACCAAUACUUGCUGAAGGCAGAAACACAAAUAUUGUUUCGCUGUGCGUGCUUUGCGCGUGCAUUGAACACGAUGGACUUAUCUAGGAUUUUCUCGCUACGAAUUACUAGGAAAGGGGUAAAGGCGGUCACGCACUGUCAAACAGUAGCGGAUUUCGUUGCAAUAUAUAAAUACAUACUGAUCAAAAGCAAGCAACAACAAAAAAAAACUAGAGAUUUAUUUUUAUCGAACCAAGAAGAGAAAAGACAAAUCUUUAGAAUCACUUUCUAUUUAGCACUGAGAAUUUAACAAGCCGAGCGAAAAGGACUGAUCGUGUGGAGAACCGUAGUUAGAAAGCUGAGAGACAAUUCUAAACCCUUACUAGCAGCAGCGAAACAGGCGUGUGUGGUGUUUUCGGGAUAGGAUCUUACAAACAUUGACGUAAAAUAUUUAUGGCGAGAGCGAAUCGAUAUUGAUGAUAAAAGAAACCACAACUCUUAUGAACAAAACUUAGUGAAAGCAAAAUAUUAAUGAACCUAGUAACAAACAUACAUUUGAUUAGCGCUUUGAAUUCGGGUGUUUCGUUUCAGUAGACAAGUUAAACAGUUUUCGAUGAAUAAUUGACAGAAACAUAAUCACAUAAACAAAACUAAUUGUAGCGGUAGUGUAUUGGCAAUUGUUUAUGAGCAGAUUAGUAAGUUAAACAUACAAAUCUCUAGCAGUAGUACUGUUCUGUGCAAAAUCUUCUUUGAAUUUAUUAUAGAAGCCAAACAGCGAGAAUUUAUUUUCUACGUUCUUUCUUAGAAUCAAACAGUACUAAGGCUUCUGAAAUUGUUAUUCCGAGGAAAUGUAGUGAAAUUAUCAUUAUACUUGCAGUAGAAAGUUGUAGAUAUUCCAGGUUCUUCGGUUCUCCCCUGAUUCUGUUCACGUGAUUAAAUCGAAAACAUGUAUGCGCCCGAUGAAAAUUAACAAACAAAAAAAUCAUUGCCAAGAUCUCUAAAAAGUUUUCUAAAAGCUUUCUUUUAGUUUCUUUCAGCUUUUUUGAUGUUUGUAUCCACCUAACGUGUGCAGUUUUUUUCUAAGGCAACCAAUAUACCGUAAACUGAUUUUGCAUAUUUACAAUCUGUUGACUAUUAUUAUUCUACUUAAUGAUCACUCUCGUGAUGAAUAACAAAGCAACACUAGGGCCAAAUUUAAGCUCACUUAAUGAUACAAUCGAGAGAGCGAAAGAAAACAAAAGCAUCUGCAAGCUAUAACACAAAUGCUCAAUUAUAUAAUUUAUAAUGAAUGAUAACAAACGAUGCAUGCAAUUCUAAUCCUGAAUGAGGAAAACAUUUCAUACUUUUCAUACCAGUUAGUCACAUUUCCAGAUUCUGUACAAUCACCACAUGCGAACAAUCGAACAUUGAAACAAAACAAAACACUAUAUUCUUAUGCUAGCUAGAACGGAAGAGCAUGUUACGCGAAGCAAAAGUCAUCAAUCAUUAAGCUUAAAUAAAAAAAAAACAUGAAAUUCAUCUCGACCAAUCGACACGAACUCCAUUUGAAAAAAAUAUAUAGACACGACAUCGACUAUUGGAAAAAAUAACAAAUUGUCGAAAAAAGAAACUAGUGUUGAACAAUAAAACUUAUUUAUCAAUAA